GCCCAUAAUUUUCUGGCCCAGCUCCUUGAAUUCGUCGUACCCUCGUACUUGUCAACAUUCUGUGCCUCACUUUUUGGAUCGCGAAAUAGUUUCUUUGCAGUCCCCCCGGGGCUAGAAUUCUACCAUUCUCUUGCUCUAGCGGAUUACUGAAUUCUACUAACUUUUCUUUUCUUUUCUCCUCUCUUCCUUCAUCUUUACCCGACUCCUAUCCACCGUGCCAUCCAACAUGAGGCUUCGCACCCAACCCUCCUCCCUUUUCCUUUUCCUCGUCCCCUCCCUCGUCGCCGUCCUCGCCAUUGACCCAUCCUCAUCCACCGAAAGUCGGAUCCGAACCAUACCUGAGCCUGCGGAUUCUUCAUUCAACUCCAUCCUCAAGAGACAACUUGCGGCCGGAGGCACUAGGGAUGCCCCAGUCGAUGGCAACGAUGGGAUGCCCCAUCAAGGCCCCUUCGUCGAUUCCCACAAAAGCCGCGACGAGGACGACGCGCAGACUGAUGUUCUCGAGGAAAAUCCAGACGACAUAGUCCUCCUUGAUGGGAGACCCGUUCUUGAGCCUCACGACGGCGUCAUGGACGACCCCGACCGGCCCAAACCAAGGGAGGGCACCACCGGCACCGAAGGGGGCGUGAGCGAGAAAGAGAAGGAGCGCAAAGCACAGGGGGGUCGGACAGGCGACACAUUCGACAAUACACCAGAGAGCCCAAAGGAGGUGCCACCCUCACCCCAGAGCGAGGAGGAGACGAUAUUGAAUCACAGUGGCCACGACGACGACCAUGACGACGACACAACAGCUGACGAGGUAGCCGGUCUUCAGAAACCUGCCCAUCUUUCUGAUACCUCUAGCGACGAACCCCCUCCCAUCCCCGACUCCGCCAUCAAAGACCACCUCAGCGUGUCCGAACCCUACAUCCCCGUCACGGCGCCUGGAGGCGAUGAGGUUGACGAGGGCAUCAUCCAACCAUUCCACUCGUACAUCCUCUCCUUGACCAUGAUCCUCGUCUCCGAGGUCGGCGACAAAACCUUCCUCGUAGCCGCCCUCAUGGCCAUGAAGCACGACCGCAUGGUCGUCUUCUCCGCCGCCUUCAGCGCCCUCCUCGUCAUGACCGUCCUCUCCGCCGUCCUGGGCCACGCGGUCCCCACCCUCAUCCCGCAGCGCCUCACCGCCUUCGCCGCCGCCGGCCUCUUCUUCGUCUUCGGCGUCCGCCUCUUCCGCGAAGGGCUCGCCAUGGAUCCCAACGAGGGCGUCACCGAGGAACUACACGAGGUCGAGCGCGAGCUCGCCGAGAAGGAGAAGGAGGCCGUACUGAUGGGCGCCGGCCGCCACCGCAGCGACUCGGCCUCCGUCUCGCCGCAUGCUCUCGAGAUGGGGCUCGGCAACGGUCUCGGCAACGGGCACGGUCGUGGCCACGGUCACACCGGUCGUCAGUCGCGCUCGCAGAACCGCUUCCCCACCCCGCCCCGUUCCCCUUCGUCGUCGCCCUCCCGCAGCCCCUCGCGCACCCGCUACGGCCCCUCCCUCACCGGCGCCCUCCAGGGCCUUAGCAACCUCGUCUCCCUCCUUCUUAGCCCCGCCUGGGUCCAGACCUUCGUCAUGACCUUUCUCGGAGAGUGGGGUGACCGCUCCCAGAUUGCCACCAUCGCCAUGGCUGCCGGCCAGGACUAUUGGUGGGUGACCUUGGGAGCCAUGACGGGCCACGGCAUCUGCACUGGUGUCGCUGUCAUUGGAGGUCGCGCCAUCGCUGGCCGGGUCAGCCUCAAAGUCGGUAGGUAGUCUUAUCCGAUUCUGUCCCAUUGCCCUCAUAUGUCCUCCCUCAUCUGUUUUUCUUCUUCCUGUUUGCUGUGCUGACGUAUCAACCACUGCAGUAACCAUCGGAGGCGCCCUGGCCUUCCUCCUGUUCGGCUUUAUUUAUUUCUUCGAGGCGUUUAACUCUUAGAUUUUCCCGUUACGCAAUUGCAACGAUCAAAAUGAAAUUA